UUCUGGCGUAGAGUAGAGAAGAGAUUAUUUCCACAAUGAAUUGGGACGAGAACGAUGAAUUUGAGAUCCCUCUUACUCAAACGGCAAUGGCUUUUCACGAGCUCGAUUCCGUCGACAAAAAUCAACGGCCAUUGAAGAAACCAAAACGCAAAACGACGGCGCUUCGUGGCAGUGGCAAGGAGAACGUCCGACCCAGCGAGGGCUGCGAAAUUCUGAACUGCAGCUUGGAUUUCAUUCCUUCCUCCCUAGAUUGUAUUUCGGUUUGCAGCGUUCAACACUCAGAACAAGACGACAGUGAUUCUUCUUCCGCGUCUUUAUCGGAGCUGAAACAGAAGGGGAAUUAUCUUCACAACUCGAUAGAGUCGAAGCUGGUGGUUCCGAGAAUCGGCGAGCUUAACGCUGCAGAUGCAGAUUCUGAUUCGGAGCUUGGUCUGUUGAUGAAUUUGUGCGACGAGUUGGAGGAAGUAGAUAGUUCCGUUCGGUGUCCCCUUUGUGAUGUUGAUCUUUCGAAUUUGACUGAGGAGCAGAGACAUCUUCAUACCAAUAAUUGUCUUGACAAAGGCGAUAACGUUGCGGUUCCUGAAGACGAUAAGGGUGCUCCACAUGUGCCAAAAGUCGCUUCUGUUGUUGAUUGGCUUCACGGGCUCGGUUUGGGAAAGUAUGAAGUGAUUUUCGUUAGGGAAGAAGUUGAUUGGAACACCUUGCAAUGGCUCACAGAAGAGGAUCUCUUAAGCAUGGGCAUCACUGCAUUUGGGCCGAGAAAAAAGAUUGUGCAUGCCCUGUGUGAACUAAGAAAAGGAGAUGCCGCUGCAAAUGAGAAACAAGGGGGUUCGUUGGCGGAGCCUGUAAGGAUUAGAAACCAGAAAGUCAAAUUAAAGCGAGACAAAUCUGAAAGAAAAACUGACGGCUCUAUUAAACCACCAGCAAACAAAUUGAUUACUGAAUAUUUUUCGGGAUUUGCUUCCAAAGAAAAGAAAGUUCCUGCCUCUCCUGGAGAACAAAAGGAAAUGAAAAAAAGUGACUUGGAUUCUGGUCGUAAGCACAAAUCAAAAAAUGUGACAACAAAUAGAAAGCUCCGUGAUGUUCCCAAAUGGUGUUCUGUACAAGGAACGCCUUUCCGAGUGGAUGCUUUCAAAUAUCUCAGAGGAGAUUGUUCCCACUGGUUUCUCACACACUUCCACUUGGACCAUUAUCAAGGUCUUACCAAGUCAUUCAAUCAUGGAAAGAUUUAUUGCUCCUCCAUUACAGCUAGAUUAGUAAAUACGAACAUUGGAAUUUCAUAUGAUAAAUUACAUGUUUUGCCUCUGAACCAAAAGAUUGAAAUAGCUGGUGUUGAUGUGACUUGCUUUGAUGCCAACCACUGUCCAGGUUCCAUACUCGUACUCUUUCAACCUCCGAAUGGUAAGGCUGUGCUGCACACGGGUGAUUUCCGGUUUAGUGACGAAAUGACAAUCAAUCCCUUACUCAAGAUGUGUCCUAUCGAUACUCUAAUUCUUGAUACAACAUACUGCAAUCCACAGUAUGACUUUCCGAAACAAGAGGCUGUAAUACAAUUCGUCAUUGAUGCCAUUCAAGCAGAAACUUUUAAUCCCAAGACUCUUUUCCUGAUCGGCAGCUAUACCAUUGGAAAAGAAAGGAUAUUCUUGGAGGUUGCUCGCGCGCUUAGUAAAAAGGUUCACGUGACUGCGGCAAAGUUGCGUCUUUUAAAAUGUUUGGAAUUUAAGGAGGAGGAUAUGCAGUGGUUCACUUCAAAUGAACAUGAAAGCAACAUUCAUGUUGCCCCUAUGUGGACGCUCGCAAGCUUCAAAAGAUUGAAGCACAUAUCAAGUCAAUAUAAGGACCGGUACAAUCUUAUAGUUGCUUUCUCCCCCACUGGUUGGACGUUUGGCAAAGGUAAAAAGAAGUCUCCCGGAAGAAGAUGGCAGCAGGGUACUAUUAUAAGGUAUGAAGUACCUUACAGCGAGCAUAGCAGCUUUACAGAACUCAAAGAGUUUGUAAAACUUGUAUCUCAUAGCAACAUUAUACCAAGUGUGAAUAACGAUGGACCAGAAUCUUCUGAUGCAAUGAUUUCUCUAUUGUUAUCUUGAUAUGUUAACCAAAAGGGUUUAGUCUUCUGUUGCAAUGGGGUCUGUAUGAGAAAGUUAAGUAAAGGUUUAAUGAAUUUUGCCAUGCCUUUCCUGCAUUUAAGGAAGACCUCAGUGUGCUUGAGUUUUAUAUAAAUAAACUUUUGGAAACCAG